AUGCGUUUUGGCAAAUCAAUACGUUACUUUUGUUCGAUACUGUUUACAGUGGGUAUGAUCUUAUAUCUCCCGGUGGCAAUUUAUGUACCAGCGCUAACCUUUAACCAGGUUAGUGGUAUUGAUGUCCAUACCAUAACUCCCGUGGUGUGUGUAGUCUGUACUUUUUACACAUGUGUGGGAGGUCUAAAGGCUGUCGUGUGGACCGAUGCCAUACAAAGUGUUGUAAUGUAUGGCACCAUUUUAAUUAUUUGUAUUAAGGGUACCAUCGAUUUGGGUGGCUUGGGAGAGGUGUUGCAGAGAAAUUUGGAAGGUGGUCGCUUGAAAAUACCAGACCUCACCUGGGAUCCCACCGUGCGUCUAUCGAUGACUGCUGUCAUUAUUGGCGGGACUUUACAUAAAAUCCAGUCGAGUGAUGUUAAUCAAAUGUCUCUGCAGAGAUUCCUCUCUUUACCCGAUAUGGGAAAGGUCAAACAGUGUAUGAUUCUGUUCACAACCCUAUUGAUAUUUUUACUUUUCUGCUGCUGUUAUAUGGGUCUACUGAGCUAUGCUUCGUUUCAUGAUUGUGAUCCAUUGGUGACAAAGCUCGCCAGUGCCGAUGAUCAAAUGCCCACAAUUUUGGUGAUGCGGAUUUUGGGUAUAAUACCCGGUUUGCCGGGUAUUUUCGUUGCUGGGGUAUUUAGUGCAGCGUUAAGUUCUCUUUCAACUGGCUUAAACUCUCUGGCCUGUGUAAUCUCGGAAGAUUUAAUAAAACCUGUACUAAAAAAUCCUCUCAGCGAAUGGCAAACUGGAUUUUUGUUACGUUUCAUUGUGGCCUUUUUUGGGUUGAGUUGCAUCGCCUUGGUAUUUGUGGUAGAGAAAAUGGGUACAGUUUUGACGUUGGCCACUAUGACGGGUGCGGUAACAAUGGGCCCACUGUUGGGAUUUUAUAUCUGUGGUGUCUGUAUGCCAUGGGUAAAUGGCAAAAGCAUUCUUAUGGGUGGGGUUGUUUCAUUUCUCACCCUGGGCUGGAUUUGUUUCAAUGCCCAAUGGGGUCAAAUGCAAGGUUUGGUACGGCAUCCCAAACUGCCAGUUUCCGUUGAAGGUUGCACCUAUGAUUAUGAUAAUUCUACGCUGUGGGAAAGGCAAAAUUAUACACCCUCGGAACGUAACAUCUACCACCUAUCCUUUAUGUGGUAUACCGGUUUCGGUGGCAUCAUUUGCUGUCUGGUGGCCAAUAUUGCCUGUUUGUUGUUCGGCACAAAUAAAUUGGAAGACAUUAAUCCCGAUCUCAUUUCACCAGUAUUACAUAGAUUUCUACCUCCUCGACGGGUUGAAGUUAUUUCCACGGAAAUGGAACCCUUGAAAAAACUAUGUGAUGAAGGAAUUAUUGUUAAGAAAUCUUUAGAUGUUGUUGAAUAA